CUCGGGCUGUGUCCACGCUGCCCUGUGGAAGCUGAGCCCCCUCCUCUCCCUCGGUCUCUGUUGACUAAUGUAUGCUCUCCCCUGCCAGGCGCUGCCCACAGGCUGGUGUGUUAUUUCACCGACUGGGCACACCGUCGCCCCGGCCCUGCCUCGGUCUUGCCCAGUGACCUGGACCCUUUUCUCUGCACCCACCUGGUAUUGGCCUUCGCCUCAAUGCAUGACAACCAGAUGGUGGCUAAGGACCUCCAGGACGAGGACACCCUCUACCCGGAGCUCAACAAGCUCAAGGAGAGGAACCCGGAGCUGAAAACCCUACUGUCCAUCGGCGGCUGGAACUUUGGCACAUCCAGGUUCACCACUAUGCUGUCCACAUCCGCCACCCGGGAAAAGUUCAUCAGUUCGGCCAUAUCCCUCCUGAGGACGCACAACUUCGAUGGUCUGGACCUCUGCUUCUUGUACCCUGGGCUGAGAGGCAGCCCCAUGUAUGACCGGUGGAAUUUCCUCUUCCUAAUUCAAGAGCUGCUGCUCGCCUUCCAGCAGGAGGCCCAGCUCACCAUGUGUCCAAGGCUGCUGCUCUCGGCUGCCGUCUCUGGGGAUCCGCAAAUCAUCCAAAUGGCUUAUGAUGUACCCCAUCUAGGAAGGCUCCUGGAUUUCAUCAACGUCUUGACUUUUGACGUACAUGGGAGCUGGGAAGAGUUCACAGGGCACAACAGCCCCCUGUUCUCUCAGCAAGGAGACCCCAGAUCUGUGGCCUAUGCCAUGGAUUACUGGCGGAAGCUGGGGGCCCCCUCCGAGAAGCUCCUCGUGGGGUUCCCCACCUAUGGGCGGACGUUUCACCUCCUCAAGGACUCUGAGCAUUGGUUGCAGGCAGAAGCUGUGGGACCUGCAUCUCCAGGGAAGUACACCAGGCAGCCUGGCUUCUUGGCUUACUAUGAGAUUUGCUCCUUUCUCCAGGGAGCGAAGAAGUGCUGGAUUGAACAUCAGCGUGUCCCUUAUGCCUACAAGGGGGAGGAGUGGGUCGGCUAUGAUGACGCCAUCAGCUUCAGACACAAGGCAUCGUUCAUAAAGAAAGAGCACUAUGGGGGGGCCAUGGUAUGGACGUUGGACCUGGACGACGUCAGGGGCACUUUCUGUGGCACUGGCCCUUUCCCCCUUGUCUCUGUAUUAAAGAACCUCCUGUUGCAGGCUGAGUCCAGUUCAACUCUUUCACCAAAAUUUUGGUCCUCCUCUGCUAUGAAUUCUUCAAGCACUGGCCCUGGAGGGCUGACGGUGACCAAGGCACUGCCCACUGUUUCAGGGAUUUUGCUCUCAGGAGGAGAGGGUGUGGCCACUGAGACCCAGAGAAAGACGGAAAAUAUGACCACAAUCCCCAGAGGUGGGAUUGUGACCCCUACAAGGGGAGCUGCAUCCUUUGUAAAGCACACUGUAGUUCUACAAGGGAAGACUGAGACCCCUGGGGAAAAGACCAUGACCCCUAUGACCCCUGAACAGGUGACUAUGACCUCUGGGCACCUUGAGACUGAAACCUCUGGAGUGAAGAUCAUGGUCCGCAGAAGGAAGGCUAUAGCACCUGCAAAGAUGAUUAUCCCUUCGGGAAAGAUGACAGUCGCCCCCGAUGGGAAGACUAAGACUCUAAGAGGAGAGCAUUUGACAUCGGAGGUGGACAUAGAACCCUCAUAGGUUACUUUGCUCUUUAAAUGGAAGCUGCCCUCUGGCCUGUCGUCCAGCUCCCAGGACACUCCUUUGGCCUUGGCGACCCCUUUGUUCCCACUGAUGGAAACCAUUCGGUCAACCGAUAAUCCUUUCAAUCAGUCCUCUAUGUCUAAAGAUAGGAAGCUCUGCUGUGAAUCAAGGAGCCUCCGCUCUGUUGGUGGCAGACGCUGGGGAAAGCGCUUGUCUUUUCUUCCAGGUCGCCUGGCAGAAGCCUCCUGUGCCUCACCCUUCAUAACCAUUCGUGGGGCAGAGCAGGUCCCAAAGCCACAGUGAGCUAAUCUCUUCUCUGUUGAAUAAACUGGAAGCAAA